AUUUGCAUGCAAUGGAGAAAAUAUCAAUCCCUACAUCAAUUCUUCUUCUUCUUGCUCCUCUUCUGCUGUGCCCAACCAGUGUCGUCUCCGACGACAACGUCCCGAUCCCUCCGACUAAGGAUCAGGUGAACACUUGGUUCACUGCCAACGUCCAACCCCUCGCAUCCAGAAAGGACCUCGAUCCCGACCUGGCCAAGGCCGAGGCCAACGUCUCCCACAUUAAGGUCAGUAGCGACGGAAAAGGGGAUUUCAAGACCAUUUCUGAUGCCAUCAACAGCGUUCCCGCCGGAAACACACAACGAGUUGUCAUUUCAUUGGCUGGCGGGACCUACAAGGAGAGAGUGAAGAUAGAAAGGAACAAGCCAUUCAUCACCUUGUACGGUGAUCCGGCUAAUCGGCCCACCAUAGUCUUUGAUAGCACGGCGGCUAAAGAUGGCACCGUGUACAGUGCCACUUUGUACGUUUUAUCGGAUUACUUCAGCGCGGUUAAUGUUGACAUUGUGAAUUCGGCUCCGAGGCCAGAUGGGAAAAAACCAGGGCAACAAGCAGUGGCUGUAACCCAGAGUGGCGACAAGGCCUCCUAUUACAACUGUAAGAUGAAAGGAUUUCAGGACACAUUUUGUGACGAUGCUGGAAAACAUUUCUUCAAAGAUUGCUAUAUAGAAGGAACAGUUGAUUUCAUAUUUGGCAAUGGCAAGUCUCUAUAUGUGAACACAGAGUUGCAUGUGAUAGAAGGGGACAAUAUGGCAGUGAUAACAGCACAAGCUAGGCACACCAAUGCUGAGGACACUGCAUACUCUUUCGCGCAUUGCACAGUUUCGGGGAACGGGACCGGAGGGUUGCUUGGGAGAGGAUGGAUGCCUUUCUCAAGGGUAAUCAUUUCAUAUACUGAAAUCGGCAAUUGCAUCAAACCAGAGGGGUGGAUGGGCAUGCGUGGAAAUCCUACCGAUGGAGGGACUACUUUCUUUGGGGAAUAUAAGAACACUGGACCAGGAUCUAAUAUGAACAUGCGGCCAAAGUUUGUAAGGAAGUUGACUGAUCCAGAAGUUAGACCAUACAUCACACUUGGUUUUGUAGAAGCAUCUAAGUGGCUCCUUCCCCCUACUAAAGUCUGAGUGUUGUAUGUAUAUGCAUGCAUGACCAUCCAUUUGCUACGUACAUGCUUUAUCAUUUGCAAAGAGGAAGAAAUGGUUUACGUAGGAUUGUGGUUAUUGAGUUGGGGUUCAUUUUAUUUAUUUAUAUCUUAACGUCCGGCCUCAAGUAAUGGCUC